AUGACUGUCGAAGAUGGUAGCAAAGAAGAAGUAGAAGAGAAACCCGAAGAUGAAGAAGAAUUGUGCUCAGCCGCUGCUCAAUUAGACAAGUUCGAUCCGCUUGCUUACCUGGAAUCUUUCUAUAAGACUGCUUCCGAAGACACUGCAAUGCAAAUAGUGCUUUUCUUCCUCCCAGGAAUUCUGUACCGGCUACCGCGUACAGUUAGAACAGUCUUAGAUCUAGGAGCUGGCCCAACAGUUUAUCUGCCGAUAGCUCUACGAAAUCAAGCUCUUCAAAUAUUUACCUCCGAUUAUGCACGGAUUAAUCGAGAUGUCUUACAAAGCUGGAUAGAGGGGAAAUCGGCUUUCGACUGGUCAAACGUGUGCCGCUGGAUCUCAAACAUCGAGGCGAGCGAUGAUGAGCCUGCUGUGAUGCAACAAAAAGCAAGAGAGAAGGUUAACGCUGUGCUGGAGGUGAACGUUCAUGAAACGCCCGUCAUUCGAGGGAUUCAUUGGAAAAGAGAAGGAACGAAAAUCCCGGAAAAGUUUCAGGUGGUAUCCACGGUUUUCUGCUUGGAAUAUUCGUGUGAAACGCUGGAAGGCUAUAAAACCGCUGUUAGGAGUGCUUGCAGCCUCGUUGAAGAUGGAGGAUAUUUGAUUCAAGGCGGUGUAAUGGAUGCUACCUCAUACAACUUCGGCGGAAAAAAAUUUAAAUGUCAUUGCUUAAAACGAAUUCAUAUCGAGGAAUCACUCAGGGAUAAUGGUAUGGCCAUAAGCGCUGACGACGGAUACAAAUUUAUUACACAUGAAGAUAUAUUUUUACUGAUUUCACGGAAAAUGAAAUAA